GCUGUAUCACAAUACUUAUUAAGAUUCAAUAACGUGACAUCUAAUCAAAGCUUGAAACAGAAUAUUAGAAGACAAGCCAAGACACCAACCCAUAACAAUGAAGCUUCUGAGACUGCUUUUAGCCUACCGUCGAUUUCUUCUCAUUCUUUUCACUCCCCUUCUGCUACUUCCAUUGCCUCUCAUCAUCAGAACCAAAGAAGCGGAAUGUGCAUACACAUUGUUUGUGGUGGCAAUCUUUUGGCUUACUGAAGCAUUGCCCCUGGCUGUUUCAGCUCUACUCCCUGCCUUAAUGUUCCCAAUGUUUGGAAUUAUGGCUUCCAAAGAGGUGGCGUCUGCUUAUUUCAAAGACUUUCAUCUGCUAUUAAUGGGAGUAAUUUGCUUGGCAACAUCAAUAGAAAAAUGGAAUUUGCACAAGAGAAUUGCCUUGAAAAUGGUGAUGCUGGUGGGUGUUAACCCUGCAUGGCUUACCCUUGGUUUCAUGAUCAGCAGUGCCUUCUUGUCAAUGUGGCUUAGCAACACCUCUAGCGCUGCUAUGGUGAUGCCCAUCGUCGAGGCAGUGGCUCAGCAGAUAAUCAGCGCUGAAGCCGAAGUUGAUGCCAUAGAAAUGACUUAUGCAAAUGGAGUCACCAAUCAUGCCCUGGAACUUGAUGAAAAUAUUAAUGAUUGUGAAGCAGAUGACUGGAAAGAAAAGACAAAGCAAGCAAAUGGGUAAAAUAUAUCCACGGGUCAAAUGCAGCCCCGCAGCCUCAGGUGUGAAAUUGACAAAUAGUCAGCAAGUGAAACAGGUAGAAAAUACCGAAACCAGAGGGACCACAUGAUGUGUAAAGUCAUGUGCCUGUGUAUUGCAUAUGCGUCUACUAUUGGAGGGCUGACUACCAUCACUGGGACUUCGACCAACUUGAUAUUUGCUGAGCAAUUCAAUGCACGGUACCCAGAUUGCCAGUGCAUCAAUUUUGGAUCCUGGUUUAUUCUCUGCAUUCCCAUCACUAUUAUUAUUCUGUUGCUUUCAUGGGUUUGGCUUCAGUGGCUUUUCCUAGGUUUCAAUUUCAAGAAAAUGUUCCAGUGUGGCAAGACAAAGACAACCAAGGAGCUGGCUUCAGCACGAGUAAUUGAAGAGGAAUACCAGAAACUUGGACCCAUCACCUACCCAGAAGUCAUCACCCUUAUCCUGUUUUUUCUGAUGGCCCUGUUAUGGUUUACUAGAGAUCCUGGAUUCAUCCCUGGUUGGGCCUCACUUUUCUCAGAAUACCCAGGAUUUGCUACAGAUUCAACAGCCGCAUUACUCAUUGGCCUCCUCUUCUUCGUUGUUCCAGCAAAAACAUUAUCUAAAACUUCAAGCAGUGAAAACAUUCCUUUUGAUUACACUCCACUGAUUACUUGGAAAGAAUUUCAGGCAUGCAUGCCUUGGGAAAUUGCCAUUCUUGUUGGUGGAGGGUUCGCACUGGCAGAUGGCUGUGAGGUUUCCCAACUCUCAGCCUGGAUAGCAAGCAAAUUAAGCCCUUUGGGAUCACUGCCUGUCUGGCUGAUUAUCCUCAUUUCAUCUUUGAUUGUCACCUCAGUGACUGAAGUGGCCAGCAAUCCUGCCACUAUCACCAUAUUUCUGCCUAUCCUAUCCCCUUUGGCUGAAGCAAUUUCUGUGAACCCCCUUUAUAUUUUGAUCCCCUCAACCCUCUGCACAUCAUUUGCAUUUCUGCUGCCUGUAGCAAAUCCACCCAACGCCAUCGUGUUUUCCUAUGGGCACUUGAAUGUUAUUGACAUGGUCAAAGCUGGUUUGGGUGUCAAUAUAAUUGGAGUUGCUGUGGUCAUGCUUGCUGUCAUGACAUGGGCCGUGCCUUUGUUCCAUCUCGAUGCUUAUCCUGGUUGGGCCCCCAUGGCUGCUAACAACACUGGACCUUAA